UGUAAAUUGAAAACAAAGGCUUUAUUCCUCACUAUGCUACUUUAUAUGAUAUAUUCAGUCCCCAACAUCUACUUUACGUAUUUUUUGUUGGUUCUCGUCCGUUAUGCAGACUGUGAGCACAGUUUUGAGAGUGAAAUAUGUUUGGAACAAGCUCUUACAAUUCAUGCACAUCUAAAGGAGAACAUUUGUCCUUAUGAACUAUUGGAAGCUAAGAAAGGAACGAUAGACUGUUCAGUUUGGUGCAAAGGAAAAUAUACCACCAAUCCCGAAUACGUUGCAUGUGUUAAUUAUAAUAUAAGUUUUCACAUCAACAAAACAUUGACAACAAAGUUAAAGGACGUUGCGUGUUCUAUUAAAAGUUGUAUAGUAAAAGUAAUAGACUUUGAUUGCGUGUUCACGGCGGAUGAAGAAAAUACAUCUCAACAAACUGCAAAAGAUGGAUCGUGCAUUGAGGCUGUCACUAGCGUUGGUAUUAGUUUGAGUUGUUUAGUUGCUGGAAGUUUACUUGGAAUCAGCUGUUUUGUACUCGUUAAGCGAUUGAGAACAACUAAAAGAAAAUUGCAACUUCCCCCAGUGUUUUACCAGCCAAAUUAUGGAGAUGGGGGUGAAUGUUUAGAAGAUAGAGCUUUUAACAUUGCAAAUCCUAUGGAGACAGAGUAUACGGACAUUGAGGAAACUAUCAGAAUGGUAGCCAAGGCCAUACAAGUUCCCUCCUACAAAGAAGAUAGCUCAUCGGAGACAAGAUCUAGGGAAAAUAUAUACCAUCAUUUAAGUUUAAUUGAAGAUUCAACAGAAAAGCAAAACAGUGCCUUUAGCGAUUCUGUUCCAGAUAUCUUUGCAGACGAUAUGAUACUAAGUAAUAAAGGCAGUCCGUCCUUGAAAUCCUAUGUGAAGUGUACAGAGAGUUUGUCUUCGAAGUCUAGUGGCAGUUCAAAAGCGUCACCAACAGGAAGUGCGGGAAGUGACAAAUACUAUGCGCUGGAAAAUGAAUAUCUUAAAGCUAAUUCUAAAAACAGCAACACUUAAAAGUUUUAUA